AAAAACUAACCUUUGCUAAAAUUAAACCUCAAUUAACUUUGCUUGACACUCUUAACAGCUAAGCCAAAAAAACCUCCCCGCUCCACGUUUUCCGAUUAUCUACUUGCGCCUACCGAACCUUCCACACUUCGCUUAACAUCCUUUCCUCUCGCUAUAUAUUCGCGACGCAUCUUCAAUGCUUACUCGUUGAAUCGAAACCGCUUAACUUCCGUUAGCCUCCUUCAUCCCCGAACCCUAAUCAAAACCCUAGCCAUUCCCUCAUUUUCCCAUCACUCUUAAGAACACAUCAAAGUCUUGAGAUUCCUUUCGGUGUUUCUUCGCAAGUAAGCAAGAUGUGGGGCCAACCGUACCGAAAGAGUGAUGUGGAGGCCGGCGCCAGACCUCUCUAUCCGAUGAUGCUGGAGAGACCGGAGCUCCGAUGGGCCUUCAUAAGGAAAGUCUAUUCAAUCCUAUCUUUUCAGUUGCUGGCGACAAUUGCGGUGGCGUCCGUCGUGGUUUCUGUCCAUCCGAUUGCGAAUUUCUUUGUUAGUACUGGGGCUGGGCUUGCACUUUAUAUAGUCCUCAUUAUUAUGCCCUUUAUUGUUCUAUGCCCCUUGUAUUACUACCACCAGAAGCAUCCGGUGAAUUACCUUCUUCUUGGGAUUUUUACCAUUUCUCUUUCUUUUGCCGUUGGAUUAACUUGUGCGUUCACCAGCGGGAAGGUUAUUCUGGAAUCAGUGAUUUUGACAACUGUAGUGGUCUUGAGUCUAACUCUGUACACAUUCUGGGCGGCAAGGAGAGGCCAUGAUUUCAACUUUCUUGGUCCCUUUUUGUUUGGUGCUGUCCUUGUUCUUAUGGUGUUUGCUUUAAUCCAGAUUCUCUUUCCAUUGGGCAGAAUCUCUGUCAUGAUCUAUGGGUGUCUGGCUUCAAUCAUAUUCUGUGGAUACAUUAUAUACGACACCGACAACUUAAUCAAGCGUCACACAUAUGACGAAUACAUAUGGGCUGCUGUCUCUCUCUAUCUGGAUGUUAUUAAUCUCUUCCUCUCGCUGCUCACUGUCUUCAGGGCUGCUGAUAGCUAAUUGAUCAAGAUUUGUGCAUCUUGUUUGUUAAUGGAUUAGAUGAGAUAGUUAUCAAUAUGUAAAUGCGACCAAGUUGUUCAGUUCUGCGGCCCUACCUAAUAUUCCGAGAAACGAUGUUAAUACUGAUAAGUAGUUGAUUACAUUUUACAAUUCUAGCUAUUGUUGUCUUACCAGACUCAUUGUUGCUGAUUCCAGGAAGAGAAAUGAAUGGCAUUGGAGUAGUAAA